GCAGCACAGCAGAGAAACUACUGUUGAAGGGUGGGAUUUGAGUUGAGAUGGGCCACCACUGCUGCAGCAAACAGAAGGUAAAGAGAGGAUUGUGGUCUCCUGAAGAAGAUGAGAAGCUCGUUAGAUACAUCACUACACAUGGUCAUAGCUGUUGGAGUUCUGUUCCAAAAAAUGCAGGGCUGCAAAGAUGUGGAAAGAGCUGUAGAUUGAGAUGGAUUAAUUACUUGAGGCCUGACCUCAAGAGAGGUUCUUUUUCAGCUCAGGAAGAGAGAAUCAUCAUUGAUGUGCAUAGGAUUCUAGGCAACAGGUGGGCUCAAAUAGCAAAGCACCUCCCAGGAAGAACAGACAACGAGGUGAAGAACUUUUGGAACUCAUGCAUAAAGAAGAAGCUGCUUGCACAAGGGCUGGAUCCCAAGACCCAUAACCUGCUACCUUCCCACACAAAAAACCAUGCAUCCAGCGCCUCCCAACACCAUUCUUCAACCGCUGCAGCUUCUUCUAUACCUUUCACCAUCAAUACUACCCACAUGAAAGUGGGAGAACCAAGGAGAGAUGCCUCAAUUGAUAUGAACCCACAACCUUUCCUCACAUUGCCUCAUCCACACCCUCCAUUCAAUGAUAGUAUCCCCGUCCCUACCACUUAUCAAUUUGAUGACAUGAGGCCCACCAAUCCUAAUUCAACUCUUUUGUGGAGUUCCAAAGACCCACCAAACUCUCAUGCUUCAAUAGAUUUCACUAAUAAUACAUCUCCCAUAGGUAGUACACCCAUCUCUUCAUCAUUCAAUCCACUUGGGUUUGGUUAUACAGAUGAUCAGAACUUGUGGGGUACCGGUAUUGAACCCUUGGAAGUCCAAAGACCACAUGCAAUAGAUCAAGCUCAACAACAACAACAACAAAAACAACAACAGCAACAACCACAGCAUCAUCAGCAGCAGCAGCAAGCAACCAAGAUCUAUGAGAUGGAUUUUGAUGAGAGCAUUGAAGAGAAGGCACCUGACAUGGAAAGCUCAUACAACAGAUCGAAUUUCGACCUCGAAUUCAUGGAGUCGACGUUGAUGCCCUGUGGGAUAUACAACAAUGGCGGUUCAAUCGAGCAACUGGCAUGGGAUUGCUAGGUCAUGUGUAUUUGGGAUGCAUGAACCACAAAAUGGCUAGGCUUGUACAUGGGUUAUCAUGGUAGGACAAUUUAUGAUUUCAUGUUAGCACUUGAAUCUUGCAUGCAUGUGGUCAUGGCCUCUUUUCAGCCUUCUUUUCUUGGUUUGCUUCUUCCCAUGCCAUGCUUGCUAAAGUUACUAGAAGAGUUGGAUUUUCUUUUCUUUUCAUCUUCUUUUUGAUUUUUUCCCACAAAUAAAAUCUAUUUUCUUU